AUGCCGAACAAUUGUUCAACCAUCAUCAAGCGUAAGAAAGAUAUGCUCAAUCAUAUCUUACGAAGCAACAGCGAUGGUAAACUUCAAGAUGAUAUAAUUGAAACAACAGCUGAAUUACGUAUCUCCGGUGCGCGUAAAACUUCGGCGCACGCGUCUCCAGCAACACCUUAUCGAUCGAAUUUCUUUCCAAACAAUCGUGUACAGCCAACGCCGACUGAUCCAUAUGAUACACAUCUACCAACAAUACGAUACACGAAAGGAAAUGUCGAUCGGCAUCAUCCAUCACACGAUGAAUACCAUUCUCGUUCACGGUCUAAAACUCCUUUAGUUAGUGCUAGUCCGAAAAGUAGUGGCUGUACGCCAUCUGCAUCGAUUUCAUCGAUAUUCAAUGCAUUUGGUAAACGUUCGACGGAAAAUUUAAUGAGUUCGCAUGGAGAGUUAGAGGAGAUUAAUUCUGCAAGUCCAACACCACUGGGUCGUCGAUCGCAACGCACAAGUAAAAGAAAUGGAAUCAAUCAGAAUAUGAUCUUGUCGCAAAGGCAGCUAACGGAUAGUGGAGUAGAUUUUCGUUUCUCCAGUAGUUCGGGUGAUACAAAUCAACAUUCGAAUCCGCGACCUUUGAAAACAUCAUCGAAGCUUCGAAUCACUCCAGCACACACACAAAUGGAUUCUUCUCGUGGACCAGAAUUACUCACUAGAGAACGGACGAAUCAUGGUCAAUUGUAUCAACGUCGUACUAAUAAUACUAUCAAAACUCCAAUGAAACAAAAGAUUGACAAAUAUCGUCGCCGUUCUGAAGAAGUUAUUCAAGCCGCAUAUGGACAUCUGUCGACUAAUUCAUCGCCUAACAAUGCUCCAUACACUCGUCCAAAACCGCCACCACCAACACCGACGAAAUCUCAUCGUGUAGCAUCAAAUGCUGAUAUCGAAGCUCAUCUGAAGACACUCCGCUUGUCAAUAAAUCCAAAUCUACCUCAAACGAUCGAACCAUCUCAUAAUUUAUCACACCCGUAUCCAAGUCAUCGCAUUAAAUCUCCAUAUCUAUAUCCUCCACAGCAACAACUCGUCUCAGCUAUACUACCAACAUCCAGUCCUCCGACACCGCUAGUUCGUAUUCGUCGAAGUCAAGCAGCAAACCCACCAACAGCUGCAGCUAGCUCGUCUCAGCAUCAGCAUCAGCAUCACCAUCACAAUUCGCUUAACCAAUCAACAACUUACACUCCAGGAAAUCUCUAUUUAGCAUUUAUAGCAUCACGUCAUAUGUCCACGGUAGAAGGUCAUUCAUUAGAAUCCGAUCCUGAGCAACAAAAACUCAUGCGUAUACUUGAUUGGAUUGAGAAAGUUGAAGAGCAUCGUCAUCAGCAAUCUGAUCACGACAAAUUAAUCAUCGAACAAAACAGACGUAUGGAAACUCAAGAAGACGAUCUAUCUCUAUACUCUGAACUUCAAUUUGCCGUCGACGAUAUACCAGCUAAUACAAGCGGACAACCAUGCGAGAGAAUAGUGAUCCUAGAUUUUGAUAAAUAA